UAACAAGCGAGAGCCCCUAGACUUUGCCUUGUUCUGUCUGCAGUAGUAGUAGUAGUGUUGUUAUAGUACGACUCACUCACUGCUAAAAAAAGUUUUACAACGGAACUAGCGAAUAAGGUAUUUUUCCAAAGUGACCCCUAAUCUUUUCUCUUUAUUCUAAUUUCACUCCCUUUUCUUUUAUAAACUCCAUAAUCCACCCUCUUUGUUUUCUCUUUCCUCUGUCACUAUCCGUUGCGAACCCAAACGGCUCUCUCACUCGAUCGACAUUUUUCUCUUAUUCUCUCUGAAGCUCUUCUCUCUCUCUAUUUACGAAUCCCGAUAUGAGCCACGGGUGGUUAUGGUUAUGAAUAAUCCUGCAAACAACAACAACAACAACUCAGUUGCAGCGUCUGUAUCAUCAGCCUUAGCUCUAGCUCCGCCGCCACAUCCGCCGCAGCCUCACCGUCCUUCCACUUCUUGUGAUCGUCACCCGGAUGAGCGUUUCACCGGAUUCUGCCCUUCUUGUCUCUUCGACCGUCUCUCUGGUCUAGACAUCACAACCGGGAAAAGCACCGCCGUCUCCGUCGCGUCUUCUUCAAGGAAACCGCCAUCGUCUUCCGCCGCUCUUAAGGCGAUCUUCAAACCCUCUUCUUCUUCUUCCUCCGGGUCGUUGUUCCAGGAACUUCGGAGGACGAAAUCGUUCUCGGCGACAAAGGCCGAAGCUUUAACCUUUGAGCCACAGAGAAGAUCCUGUGAUGUUAGGGUUAGGAACACUCUUUGGUCUCUGUUUCACGAAGAGGAGCAUAAUAAUUCUCAAACCAGAGAGGGUUUAUUAAGUGAGAUUGAUCUCGAAAACGCCAAUUCCGUAUUAAAGUCGCAUCUUUUCGAGGAGGAAACUGAAAUUGAAAUCGUAAAGGACAUUACUUUAGGGAAUCUGAAGGAACCCAGAAGCGUAAUCGACGAAAUCGUCGAAGAAGAAGAAGAAGAAGAAGAAGAAGAGAUUGAAGAAGAAGAGGAGAUUGAGAAAGUGAAGGACUUUGAAAUGGAGUUUAAUCCUCAGACGACUAAGAAGCCAAACAGAGACUUCAAAGAGAUUGCUGGGAGUUUCUGGUCAGCGGCGUCAGUGUUCAGCAAGAAACUGCAGAAAUGGAGACACAAGCAGAAGCUUAAGAAGCAUAGAACCGGUAAUCUCGGAGCUGGAUCCGCCGCGUUACCCGUGGAGAAGUCAAUUGGGAGACAGCUUAGAGAUACUCAGUCUGAAAUCGCUGAGUAUGGUUACGGGAGGAGAUCGUGUGAUACAGAUCCAAGAUUCUCAAUUGACGCCGGAAGAUUCUCGCUUGAUGCCGGUAGGGUUUCGGUGGAUGACCCUCGUUACUCGUUUGAUGAGCCGCGUGCUUCUUGGGAUGGGUAUAUGAUCGGGAGAACAGGUGCUCCGCCGCGAAUGACUUCGAUGUUGUCUGUAGUUGAAGAUUCUCCGGUGAGGAAUCAUGUUCUCCGGUCAGAUACUCACAUUCCGGUGGAAAAGCCACUGCCUUCUCCACCACUACUAGUACCAGGACCUGUGAUGGAUGAGAUUGUUCCUGGUGGAUCUGCACAGACACGAGAGUACUACUUAGACUCAUCUUCACGACGGAGGAAGAGUCUUGACCGUUGUAGCUCCACCAGGAAGUUAUCAGCCUCUGUUGUGGCUGAGAUCAAUGAAAUGAAACUGUCAAAAGACUCCAUUUCACAUUCACAUUCACAUUCAGUGAGAGAUGAUUGCUCUGUUGAGAACACUGAGAGGGGUGUCCGAGAAAAUGCAGGGACUACUAUGGAAUGCAACAAGAAGGGGACGAAGAAAUCUCGAUGGAGUUGGAACUUAUUCGGGCUGCUUCAUCGAAAAAACGGGAACAAAUUUGAAGAAGAAGAAGGAAGAAGCGGUGUGGAUCGAACGUUUUCAGGGUCGUGGAAUGUAGAAUCAAGAAAAGGGUUUGAUCCGAAGAUGAUUAGGAGCAAUAGUAGUGUGAGUUGGAGAAGUUCGGGUACCAAUGGAGGAGGGUUUCAAAGGAGUAGUGUGGACGGAUGUGUAAGUGGGAAGAAGAAGGUUAGUAAGAUUGAGAAUGGAAUGCUCAAGCUUUACUUGACGCCGAGUAAAGGAAGGCGGCGAGGAAGCAGCAAUUCGACAACUAACCGGCCUGUUCCGGCUUCUCAACCUUUUGGUAGUAGAAAUGUUAUGAACUUUUACUGACAACAUUGUAAUGGACUCUCGAGUCAUUCUUUAGAUUGGUAGUUGGGAAUAAGUUUGGUAGUGAAGUUGAAUUUGACAAAAACAUGUCAAAGAUUUUAAGUAUUCUUCAUUUGCUCAGUCUUAUAACAUUUAGUUCAAAGUUAAUCACUCUUCUUUGGUAAUGGAUGUAAACAGAAUUUUGAGUUGAUUACAUUUUUCUCUUUUUUCUUGCUUCUUUGUAUAAUAAGAUUGGAGUUUCAUGUGUA